UUUCUGCCAUUUCUUUGCUUAUAAGUCUGCAAGAUCAGUGGUUCGUUGGUUUUGAAGUGCUCCCUUUGUUCCCAAGAAAAGUAUGUGGAGUGGUGUCCCACAUUUCAUACUGACUGAUAUCUUCUCACAUUUACCCCUGGUUGAUAUUGGCCAAUGUCUUGUCGUGUGUCAGAACUGGUACAACAUUUUACAAGAUGAAUUCCAUUGGAAAAACAGAAUCAGCAAUGACUGGGGAGUCACAUCACUAAAGCAAAACAUUCCUUGCUCCUGGUUUUCAGAAUAUAAACGCUUGCAUUGCAUGCAUUCCAAAAGAUCUUCAACACCUUGGGCAACGUUAACUGUUCAUGAAGAUGAAGUUCUUCAUGUUACAAUGUCUCACUGUGGUCAUUACAUCAGUACUUCAUCAAAAGAUAAAAGUGUGAUAAUUUGGAAAAUGAGCGAGUACAGUGCUCAAAGUAUUGCUAUGUUUAAAAGAAUUUAUUUCCCAUCAUGGGAUGCAGUGUUCCAAUCACUUUUUAAUGAUCAAGAUUCUUUAUUGCUUGUAUCUGGAGUAGCUCAAGAGCCUUACGUGGGCGAGGUAAUGAUUUAUAGUUUUCCUAAAUGUAAGCACAUUAAAACUGUGAAUUGCAUGCCAUAUGACAGUUUUGGUUCAUGGCUUGGGAAUACAUUCUUUAUUGUUGGGGAUUUUGAUGAAAUGUCAUACUCUGCUGUUGUGACUAUGCACUCAGUAUUUGACAAUGUUUCUCCCAAGUAUGUCUAUACAGACCCAAAUUCAAAUCCAGCAUAUCCUUAUCAUUGCAAAGCAUUUGAAACAUGCAAUCACAGAAGUAACCCUAAUGAAAAGUUUUUAUUUUAUGCAUGCUCACAAUCAACAGUGGUUGCUCAUUCAUUGGCUGUGGCUGUUUUUACUGGCAUUAUGGACUCCAAUUCAGAGUUUGAACGAGAUGGGCUAUUGCCUUUCAUAGAGGAUAGUGAAGAUGAAAACUUUAAUAGAAGAGCAUUUCUGAAGAAACAAAAAACCCGAGAGCCAUCUGAUUAUACUGGUACUUUUAAAAACGUUGUUGAGUUAAAGGCAGCUGUCAUAGGCAUCAAUGCAAACGAAAAUCUUGAGAAAGUGUUUGUUAACUGUAGAUCCUGGCUGUCUGAAGACAAUCCCAGUGAGAUUUCAAUGGAUAUUCAGUUGCGAAUCUUUGACUUUGACCUAAAUUUGUUGAGAACAAUUACCAAGGCAGAGGCAAUCACUCCCAGCCAUAAAUUUUUCUUAAUACACAUAUCAAGCUCAGAAUGGUAUACUAUCAGUGGUGAUGAGAAAGGGAAGAUCCAUAUCUUUGACAGCAAUUACAACAUCCACGUGUGUACAUUGUCAGGACACUCAGAUGUUGUGAACUGUGCUGUGAUUUCUCCAAUUAACCCUCAUUUUAUUUGUUCUGUUUCUGAUGAUCAUACUGUAAUGUUUUGGGAUAUGAAUCGGGCCAAAAGGCAAUCCAAGGUAGGUUAAAUAAUACUAGAUUCGUUCCAAAUGAGAUAUCUAGUAAAGAAAUAUGUUUCAGUACUCUAGAAAGUUUUGGUUGUAGCUAUCGGAUAUUCAGUGC